AUGCCGUCUACAUUUUCAAUCUUCCCCAAACUCACCCACCAAGAGGAUGUCAUUGUUCGAGAGUACGGUGGUUGGUGCGGAUUCAUGUGGGCCAUUGGGCUAUCACCCACGAAGCCUGAAGAUAAAGAGAAAGCUCUUACCACUAUACAUGAGUGGGCGAAGGAUAUCGAUGUCCUCGAGGACGAGAAAGGCCAAGUGGCGAAGUUUGCCGCUGCCAAAGGCUUUGACAAGGGCUUCGACUACGAAAAUCUGACAGUCUGUCGUGCCACAGGUCCAGGCAAUGACACGUCAACAAAGGAAUCUUCUACUGCUCAAGACAAUGACACUCCGAUGAGUGGGACUGAUACCGCCCAAGAGGAUGCUGCCGCAAGGAUCGCGAGUAUCAUGAGCCAAAUCCAGUGCGUUCCAAUGGAUAAUGACAGAAGCGCUUAG